AUAGGGUCAGGCAAGCUUGUUCGAUAGGCCAGAGUCUGGCGCUUUCGAAAGAUGGACUGUUGACUUCGCGAAGAGCAGGGGUAGAGGACCUUGUAAUUCUUCAGCUCAUCUAUCAAGCAUCCACUUGGGCCAAUCUGGGCCGGCACCUUGGCAGACCCCAUAUAGGGCUGUAUCAUUGCUUUCUUGCGACUGAAUCAACCAGCUCUUCAAAUAUGUCUGGUGUUGUUCAGAAGAAUGCGAGAUUGUCAAUGAAACGCACAUCCAUGAGGCCCACUACUUGGUCCAAAAUGGACAUCAACGUCGCACAUAAGUCUCUUGAAAAGAGCGUACCAAAAAUACCUUAUCGCAUUGUGUGAAGCCUCCAGCUGCACGUGGAAGGAUUUGUGGCUCUGAUUCAGCCCUCAGUGCAUGAUUCAUCCUGCGAAAGGAGUUCAGCAUAUAGAUAUGAGAUCUCACGGCUGACAAGCAAUGCAGUCGCACGCGCAAUUUUCAAGUCAUAUCUGAGUUUCGUCUUCUGGAAGGGAUCCUUGGGACCACCGUCGCAAUGGCACGCACAAAACAAUUGUCGGAUUUGAUCAAGCCCCACGAGUUGAAGGAGACGUACAACCUGACUCCUCAUCCGGAAACAGGCCGCAUGAUCGACAAUCACCCAGGUACGAGGACCAAACCGAUGAGAGUGCUCGUCCUAGGCGCUUCCCGCACAGGAACCAUGUCCAUGUACUCGGCCCUCGAAACGCUGGGAUACACCCCAUACCACAUGGCAAAAGCCGUCCAGGCACCAAAGUCGAAUCUCAAUGUCUGGGCGGAGGGCCUUGAGGCCAAGUAUCAAGGCAAAGGCAAGCCCUUUGGGCGAGCGGAGUUUGACAAAAUUCUCGGCAACUUCGAUGCUUGCUGCGAUGUUCCAUGCAUCGCGUUCGCGGAGGAGCUCAUCCAGGCGUAUCCGGAAGCAAAGAUCGUAAUCACUACGCGCGAUGCAGAAAAGUGGUUGCACAGCAUGCAGACCACCGCAGGGAGAGUCCUCAGCUGGAGAUCAUGGGAAUGGUUGGCUCCAUGGGACAAAGCUCUGAGCGAACCUUUCUGGCGCCACGCGAACGCCUUGAUGCCUAAUUUCUUCGGUACGAUGACGGACUGGUCAGUCAAUGGUCCUGCCCACAAGCGCUUCAUUGAGCAUUACGAGCUCGUUCGCCGACUUUCGCCUCCUGAGCGAACGCUCGACCACUACCAGGUCUCGGAUGGUUGGGUGCCACUUUGCGGAUUCCUAGGUCACGAUGUACCGCAGGAGAAUUUUCCACGCAUGAACGACGCCACGCAGUUCAUCAUGGCGCACCGAGCCAUGUAUGUUAUAGCGCUUUCCAAAUUCGUGCUCAAGAUAUCGGUUUUUGCCGCCCCUGUACUAGCCAUCGGCGCCUUGACACGGUGGAAGCCAGAGCGCUGGCAAAAGUUGUGAUAGCUUGUAGCAAUAUUAACCUGCCAGAUCAAGCUUCAUAAGCACUUUUUCGCCAUUCUCUCUUCUUGCCAUUUCUUGCCAGCCAUGCUGUUGAAGCACUGCGUACAUUCUCUCGAACCUUUUUGGGUAAGUGCAUACAGUGAUUGACUGAGCAUCAGCAUUCUGAGCAUGCUGUGUCGCCUGUCGCAUUAAGAGUGCAAAGACACCGGAACCACGGCUAGCUGGAUCAACAGCUGCAAGCCAUAUGUGUGGCAGCUCAAUGCCC